AGAUGCUGGUUAUGGGUUCUUAGAGUAGAGAUUGAAGAAAUAUACGCUUGAUAGAAAGAAUUACUAACUUAGGAUAUAGAUACCCUACAUUCAUAAGAUACAAUUUUAAUCAGAAUGAACUUAAGUCAGAUAAGAAGUUCUGAGCGAUCACUAUUACCUAAUAAUAUCUCAAUUAAUAGCAAAACAACCUUGAUUCCUCAAGAGAAUUUGCCCACUUCAAAGUAUCUAAAUAUAAAAAUUGAGUUAAAAAAUCCUCGAAACAUCAAAACAAAAGAGAUGAUCAAUAAAGACUUGCAAGAAUUUUUAUCAAAUAACCGCAAAUUAAAGCCUCCAACUCAUAGAGAUAAAACCCAAUCUAACCAGAGGCAACAAAAUUUGUCUUGAGAUUUCAAGGCAUCCAGUCCCAAUAAGCUCCCACCGAUCUCCAAAGGAAGAAUUGCAGUCUCUAUAAAAUAAGAAACAAAUCUGACCACACAAAUGUCUUCUGCCAAAACCUAGCAAAUAAGCACUUAAAGGCAGAUACUUCUAGAAACUUCGCCCCGCUUUCCCCAGUGUCUGUACGCUGAAGGUACAACUUCUUGCCUCAUAAGUUGAUAAGAAGCCAGAAGAAUUCUAAAUUUGCCCUAAGUGAUAAGGCUAAGAAGUCAGGAGGGAAGGAUUUCCUGACCUCUCGGCCUCUCAAGAAUGCACUGGUUAGCCAAAAGUAUGCGAUGAAUCAACUUAGAAAGGACAUUCAGGGCCCAAUGAAAUUACCUCCUGUGUCAGAGUGAUUAGAUUUGAAUAUCUUGAAGUACAACAUUUCUAAGAGGAAUAAGAACAUAAGCGCCUUUUCUAUGUAAAUUAUAGGAAAGAUAUGU